CGUUUAAGCCCGUACGUGGCAGUCCGAGAGCAGAAGACCAGAAGACAGUCAGCCGAGUCUGGAGCGGCUCCUCUCCUCUCACAGACCGACAUCCUGCUCUCCUACAGACACACACUGCAGCCAGCACCCCCCAGGAACAACCUCCACACUCUCCCUGUUGUAACACCCCCGAUAGAACCCGUCCAGCACCAUGUUUACAGCCUCGGAGCUGGUUGUGCUGCUGGCCGUGCUGUCAGCCACCGCGUCCGGCUACUUCGUUAGCAUAGACGCCCAUGCCGAGGAGUGCUUCUACGAGCGGGUCAACUCCGGCACGAAGAUGGGCCUCAUGUUCGAGGUGGCCGAAGGAGGCUUCCUGGACAUCGAUGUGGAGAUAACAGGGCCUGACGGUAAGCAGAUCUACAAAGGCGACAGGGAGUCCAGCGGGAAGUACUCGGUGGCGGCACACAUGGACGGAACCUACAAGUUCUGCUUCAGCAACAAGAUGUCAACCAUGACGCCCAAGAUCGUCAUGUUCACCAUUGAUAUCGGAGAGGCACCCAAAGGCCAGGACAUGGAGACAGAAGGUGGUGACAGCUGGGAUGCCCACCAAAACAAGCUGGAGGAGAUGAUCAACGAGCUGGCGGUUGCUAUGACGGCUGUAAAGCACGAGCAGGAGUACAUGGAGGUUCGCGAGAGGAUACACAGAGCAAUCAACGACAACACAAACAGCAGAGUGGUGCUGUGGUCGUUCUUUGAAGCUCUGGUUCUGGUGGCAAUGACACUUGGACAGAUUUACUACCUGAAGAGAUUUUUUGAAGUACGGCGAGUGGUUUAGUGCGAUGAAAUGAUCCCUCUGUGUCCUCCACUGAUUUCUCCAACACCAAGACAGUUAUUUACACUCUGGAAAUGAGACUGGCAGAUUUGAGUAAAGCCUACAUAUGAUUGGAUCUGAGAUGUUUUGUUCUCCUGUUACCUAUUCGGUUCCUUCUUUAUAAAUGUUAUAAAUUAGUGUUUGUUUGAAAUGAAUGGUCAAAAGAUUCUGGAAUAGAUGUCAGUUUCUUUUUUUUGUUUAACAGAUUAUUUUUGUCCAAUAUUGUUCAAUAAUUACAGUUAAGUACAAAUUACUUGCCGAAAGGCAGUCUGAUGAAAAAGACUUAGACGUGCACAUAAAUGUGUAGGCAUGUGUGGAGUCUCCACAGGAGAAUAUAAAGAUUUAAAUGGGACCCUUUUGAAAUGAUAAACAUGAAAACAAAGCAUCUUGACUUGAGAUGCAGGAGGUUUUGUUCCCAGUGUCUAAGCCAAGUCAGACAAGGCGGAUAUGUGAUAUGUGAUAUCUGUACAUUGUGUUUAUGCUCUCAAACAACAAAUUGCACUCCUGAUGAAUGCAUCUAAAUACCUGAAGGAUUUACACUGCAGCUGGUCUUUAAGGGAAACUGUACAGCUUCUAGCUCGGUCUGUUGAUUCAUAGCGAUCCAUGCUGCGGGGGAGGCAGGGGGGCUUCAGUGGACAUCUUUUGCAGGUGCGACUCCCUACGUAGUUCAGAAAAUGGCAACAGGCGAGUGGUUUCUUGGCCUAAGAGUCCACAGGUUGAUUUAAUUUUUACACUUAAAUUUGAAAACUUCCACUUUAGCAGUAAAACCUUGAAGAGCUGAGGUCGGGUUGGAUUUUAAACUGAACUACUUGGAGUAAAACUCCAACGCAAAGUGUAGAGGAAUACUGAAAUACAUGUUACAUGUUGAUUGAGGCUGGGCAAGUGGGUGGGGGGUCUGACACCUAAUGACUGCUGUGUGCUUUAGUUGCUUCUAUUAUAGUUAUUUUGUUGGGGUUAGGGAUUUUAAAUUAUGAUUGUAUACAAUUUUGAACCGUUUGUUUUCCCUGGAGCGUGUCCUGUGACAUGCAACUGUUUGGAUGAUGCCUUUUAAAUUAAUAUCUUUACCUGUUUCUUUCCCCAUCAAGGUAAAAAAAAAACUUACGCCCAAGGCAGUAGCUUCACAUCCCAAGUGUUGCAUGUCACUGAAUAUGCUCCAGUUUUGUAUUAAAAACAAUCUUUGGUGAGCUCUGGCGGGUAAAUUGCUCUGUACACAGUCUCUCCUUUUUGUGAUUUAAAAACAACGAAAUCUGAUAAAUGGAUCUGUACAAAUGUAGAAUGGUUGUCUGUGGAAAAAAGCCCCAGGUUUCAUAAUAAAGCCAAUAUUCUGUACAAUUA